UUCCGAAACAAGAGACCAGAACAAUAAAACCUUAGUCCUCCAUCACGACCAUAAACCGCCUCAUGUUUUACUACUCGAUACGUUCGCUUUGCGGAUUGUGCGCGUCGUGUGCCAGCUAUCAACCAAGUGUUAUUACAAGAGAAUUCAGUGCGGUUUUGCGUGUGUGUGCGCGCACGCGUUUCCCCCCGCCCCGCCAGAUCUCUUUCCGCAGCCAAUUAAUUGCUUUGAGGAUUAGCAGACCGGCGGUCAAUUUUCCGUUUAUCCACCGUAAACUCACCAAUUUAUCGGGUGUCUCAAUCUUAUUGGCCGCUUAGAACGAUUCACACGACCUUGGCCGUAUUGCAGCUCGUCCAAGACACCCACGUAUGUUGUAUACUGAAGCGGGCACUUCGGCGUGGCUCUCGGGGAGUGUCAAAUUGGUGAGCAGUCCAUCAGCAGAUACGGCUUUUUACCUAUGUUUUUGACAGCAGAUGUUUCAUAGUGAGCGAUUCUGUGCAAUUAGAACAACAGCGACGACGACAACAACAGCAACAACAAUUUUCAUCAUAUUACCGUGACUAGCAGACAAGUGCAGUCAGUAUUUUAGUCAAUAGCAUUUCAACAAGUUUGGGAAAUUAUUGAGAGCUUUGGCUGUCGACGUGACUAUGGAUGUACGUAACUAUGAGUUACUGAUAAGAUCUAUACAAUUUCCUUGUCAUACGGUUUGUAGAUUGUGUCGGUAAUGGAUUGGCGGUGGAAGCAAAAAACGUAUGAACUAGAUAAAGUAUAUCUUAAUUGGAAAUCAAGCAGCUGGCUGAACCCUAACAACAAGUCAUUCAUCUAGAGGAAUCGGUAUUUCUGUUUGUCCUUACCGAAAGCUCCUUUGGGGCAUCCUGGAUAAGGCUCUUUUGUGCACGCUGUGUGGUAGUUACUGUGUCAUUUGGAUUUUCCUUGUGCAAUUUUGUCUAUAGUUAUGUGUAAAGCCCAUAACUGAAUUGUAUGUGCGGUACUGCCUGUAUUUCACUUGUACAGAGAGUUAAUCUCCAGUGAAUCGACGCUCGCUCCAGUAAACCAUGCUGGGGGUUCUAAUCCGUGGUCUACCAAAGUCCCCCCUCGAGGCUCGUCAUGUUGACCUCCUUGAACCUCCUAUGAAUGUCCUCUGCCAACUGUGUUCUAGCCUCGUGCCUAUACUCUUUGAACUCAGCUGCGGUCACCUCGUCUGCAAAUGGUGCUGUCAGAGCAGCUCUGGCAUGCCUCGAUUUUUCGAGUGUCCCCUUGACAACAAAGAACUUACAUUUAACGGGAACGGAACGUCAUUUCGCACUAGAGCGGUGCGCACCGAAUUGGCAGUUCUUAUGAGCUGUCGGGCCGCAUGUUUGAACAGGACGCAUGGCUGCAGUAUGCAGGGUACCCUGCAAGAGAUUGUUGACCAUUUGGACGGGUGCGAUUUUGAUAGAAUCGAAUGCCGACGCUGUCACCGACAUCUACCUCGAAUCGACCUAGCUACGCAUAUCAACGAACAGUGCCGAAGUGCCAGCUUUCUUCCAUCCAUGGUAUGUCUAGAGAGCGCUGACCUCUGGCGUCUUGGCUUGUCCCUGCAGGAUGCGGUUGCUGAAGCGACGGAGAAGCAGUUGGCAAUGCACUUGGCUUUCCUGGAGGAGACGGUUGAGCAGAUUGCCCAUAAUUGUGCACCUGCCGCUAGUGGCAGAGGGAAUGGCACACGGCCAUAUUCUACAGGUGGUUCCGUGCGUGGAGGCCGAAUUGGGCGAUUUGGAACACUGACUCUACCACGCUCCACUGAGAGCUCAUCGGAACGGGCGCAUCCUGCCGGCGCACUCGAAAUGGUGCCUGAAUGUCGCUUCAAUCGUCAUGUCUCUGCUUCGCCAUUUCGACACUGCUCGGAACCUCCACUCGCGAUGAGGAUUCAAUCACGGCGAUCUCAGCCUGAUCUGCCAAAUCUACAGAAUUCUGAAAUGCAAAUGCAACUCAACGGUAUCCAGGUGCUGAUUAGUCUGAAGGAAGAUGUCCUGGCGUCGCUAGCAGUCACGCUGCGCGAAACCCAGAAUUCGGUUGCCGGCCUAAAUAUAAAGCGUUCAUUCUGGAAUAUCGUCCGAUUUUCGCAGAUUAAAACGAAUCUCGAAAGAUGUACGAAUGAUCAUUUUGGGCUGACCAUCCCCAAUAAGGUAUUCCGUCUUUCACAUUCCGGCCAUCCCGCAAUUCUCCACGCUCAAUUCGAGCGAAACGUUAGCGACAAACAGUUUUGGUUAGCCAUGCGCAUUGCUUUCCGGGCCGAUUCCCGAGUCAACAUGAACCUGGAAUGGCCGUACAGAGGGGAAAUAGCGCUUAUGAUCGUACAUCCCGAAGACAGUUUGCUUAGUAAGCAACAUGUGCUCGACGCGUUGCGCAGCCGUCAUCCAAAUUUUUAUUUGAGACCUGCGGGAAAUCGAGGUUGUGAGGAACCACAAAGCCUUGGCGGCCGGGUCGUCUCUCUUCAGGACCUCAUAGCGGAGGGUUUUGUCGCUGCGGACGAUUCCAUCACACUCGCAGUCGUCACAUCUGAACGAAUAACAACACCGUUUUCCCAAUCAUCCCGCUUGCGUCAGUUUAACGGUUACCUUUCAAACGAAUUCUGACGAUAGGAUAAUCCGUGAAAGUAUGGGGACGUAACGCUUCAAUCAUUCGUUAUGGCCACAGAUAAAGUUUGGAGCCACUCUUUAAUGUUUCCUUCUUGUGUGCUCUAUUUAUUGAAAUUUUGAAGGGCAAAUAUCUGUUACAGGGAUGAAGAGCUCCUCGACAGGAACUUAAACACUUCUGACCCCAAUUAAUUUCCAUAGCUUAACCAGUUUAGUUCAGUUAAUAAUAAAAUAAAUCAAUAGAUGUGAUCUUGUUAAUACCCAAAAAUUAUAAAUUAUAGCAAAAACCAUCAUAGAGAAACAGCAAUCAUUUAGUCUGAAAUAAUGUUACGUAAACUUAGCCUCGUAAUAAAUCAUAAUAAAGUGAAAACAGGA